GAGCGCAGGCUUAGUUAGUUGUGGCGCACGGGCUUCAUUGCUCUGCGAUGUGUGGGAUCUUCCCGGACCAGGGCUCAAACCCGUCCAUGUCCCUUGCAUUGGCAGGCAGAUUCCCAACCACUGCACUACCAGGGAAGCCCCAGGGUUCGUUAUUUCUUGACAGGAGUUUUGCAGCAGACUUCCGUCCCACGCUCCCGAUCACUCUUUCACCAUGCCAGGGGUCCCCCAACAUUGACAGUGUUGACAUCUGGGGUGCGAUCGUCUCUGUGAUGGGGGCCGUCCUGUGCCUUGUAGGGUGUUGAGCAGCAUCCCUGGUCUCUACCCACCGAGCCGAUAGCAGCCCCCUCUGUUGUGACAAUCCCAGGUGUCUUCACACAUCGCCAAAUGUCUCCUAGGGGUCAGAAUUGCCCUCAAGUGAGCACCCCUGAGUUAUUUGUCUGACAAAUAUUUAUCAAGUGCCUCCUGUCUGCCAGGCUGUUAGGGACUGAAUGUUUCUAUCAUCCCUCACCCCCUCCUCAAAUUCAGUCUUCUCCAGCUAAGCCAUAGGGCUGAUCAGUUCCAAUUUCUGCAUCAUUCUUCUCUGCGCCUGUGCCCUUGGUCUUGGUGAUCCCUGUCUGGGAAUAUCCUUCCUCAUGUGCCUGAGCAAAUGGUUCUUUGUCACUCGCCCCCAAUCCCCACCCCUUUACCUGUCUGGAGUGCUCGCUCUUCACGCUUUGCCUGAUGGGAAAAUGCUGGUCAUCCCUCUCAGGGAAGGAGCUUUGUCUGCUGUUCACCUUGUAUCCUCAGUGGUAUACAGCUGACACACAAACGCCCAACGAAUUAAUGAGAUCGAGACCUUUGAAGUUCGGCAAAAAUGCUCGCUCUUCUCACGAAGCCUUCUGCAGGGGGUCCCAGUACUCCUAGCGGUGCUAAGACGAGAGGAAGAAGAAUACAAGGUGGAAGAGUGGUUGAGUCCCGGUACUUGCAGUAUGAGAAGAAAACCACCAAAAAGGUAACAUACAAUCCUCCUGCAGCAGAUGCAUUAAAGGCCAGUGGGAAGAUGCCUGAAGGUGGAAGAAAACCCAACCCACUCCAGAAGAGCAAAGACAGCAGUGGAACUGGCAAAGGUGACCUGCAGUCUACCUUGCUGGAAGGGCAUGGCACUGCCCCACCUGACCUGGAUCUCUCGGCCAUUAAUGACAAAAGCGUGGUCCGAAAGACUCCACAGUUAGAAAAAACAAUGUCAAAGAAAGCUGAGUCAUCAUCAUUUUCUGCCUUGAGGAAAAAGAGCCCAGAUCUCUCCGAAGCGAUGGAAAUGAUGGAAUCCCAAACACUACUCCUGACUCUGCUGACCUUGAAGAUGGAAACUGGUCUUGCUGCAUUCGAAGAAAAGGCAGAAAAGAAUUUAUUAAUAAUGUGCAAAGAGAAGGAGAAGCUCCAGAAAAAAGCUCACGAGCUGAAGCGCCAAUUUCUUCUCUGUCAGAGGAAGCGGGAGCUGGCAGACGUCCUGGACGCGCAGAUCGAGAUGCUGAGCCCCUGUGAGGCCAUAGCCAGCUGCUUUAAGGAACGAUACAAGACAUUUGCGACGGCCCUGGACACCACGAGGCAUGAACUGCCCGUGAGAUCGGUCCACCUGGACGGAGACGGGCAGUGCUUCUUAGACAAGUUGCAGGGGGAAUUGACGACCACAUGCCAUCUGCUGGGAGAACUUGGCAUCAGCAGCUCAGAAGAAAACGCGAAGGCCUUGGACCUGCUGAGGGAACUCAAGGAAAUGACCCAAAAGAAGGAUCUGGAGCUCCAAAGGAGCUUUACCCAGGUUCUGGAACUCUCCGCCGAGGCGAGUAAAGAGGCAGCCUUAAUCAACCAGGAGGCCUGGGAAAAGGCCCAGGGCCCCAAGGCCACCAGCCAGUGGUAUUUCAAUCCUGAGGAGGCCACUGGUGGGGAAACUCAGGGAGAGCUAAGGAGCCUGCUCCUUUCGGGCCACGACGAGCCCUGAAUCCACACGCAGGCUGUGUCCCCAACCGGAGUGGGGACCUUCCUGCACACCAUGGGGAAGGAAGCACGUCCUGUGCCCCUUGUUUGGGGUGGGGAGAGGGGGUGGACCUGCAGUGACCCACAUAGGAUGUUCUGGAAACUUGAGCACUUUAUACACUUAGCCUAGCCAUAUAGUUAUUGUUUUGUAAGAUAAUCCCGUUUGAUAAUUUAACAAAUAAAACUGUUUUGCAGUUGA